AUGGCGGCCUCAUCGACGUCAAGUACGGCGCCGCCAACUGCUGACGGUGUAGAAGAUGAUGAUGCAUGGCUUUACGGAGAUUCUGAAACCAAAGAGAAUAAUGAACCCUCUUCUACUACGGAAGUUAAUGAAGAUACACAAACAAGUAUCAAGUCUACAGGAUCUCCAAAAGAAGAGGAGAAAUCAUCUGCUCCAAAGGACACAGAGAGUACUCCAGUAAAGAAGGACCCCGAUGAUAAGGAGGCUGGUGAAUUGAGUGGAGAAGAUGACGGUGGUGACAGAAAAGAUGAUGAUGAUUCUGAUGAUGAUGACUUUGUGCAGGUCACUAUUGGUGACAUCAAGACAGGCCCCUCCGUUUAUGAAACACCACGAAUAUUCAAACAAGGUACCGGUUACAAUAAAUCCUCAUCAUCGGGUGGAGCUGGUGGAAUGAAUAAAACUCAAGGCAAAGGAAUUGAUCUUGAAGCUGUGGGUACAAACAAUGGAAUCCCAACAUAUGAUUAUGAUUUGGAUAGUUUACAAGCAGAAGACAAACCAUGGAGAAAACCAGGUGCUGACAUUACAGAUUAUUUCAACUACGGAUUUAAUGAAGACACAUGGCAACAAUAUUGCGAAAAGCAAAGACGUCUUCGGAUGGAGAAUCAGACCAAUAAAAUCAUGGUACAUCAUGCUGGCGCACCAACUCCAGUUGUGAAUUCUCGGAGUACCCCAGAAGAGAAACCUGUGCCAUUAAAUACAGAUUCAAGUAGCACUCCAGUCGGGCUCCUUGGUAAGAGAGCAGCACCGCCCCCCAACCGCAAGAUGUCUGGUACUAUUGAUGUCAUUGGUACAACAGCAAGGGACUCUAGACGUCCAGCACAAUCCUCUAAUAAUAAUGAACCAAUUCCUACGACAGAUUCAAAUGAUUACCGUAAAAAUUAUUCUGGUGUUCCUCCUCCUGGCAUGCCUCCACACCAUCCCCAUCUAACUCAGAUUCCAGAAUAUGGCAUUCCACCUCCUGGUAUGCCUCCUCCAGGAAUGCCACCACCAGGUAUGCCUCCACCCCCUGGAGUACCUAUGAUGCCCCCCGGUUUCCCUGUACCUCCACCUCCAGCUGAUGGCUAUGACUCAUAUUAUCCAGCUCAGAACCAAGCAAAUGACAGAAAUUCUGGCUAUGAAGAGCGAUCAAACUAUAAUUAUGAUGGCAACCAUCCUUACUCUAACCAAUAUUCAAAUGCACCUUCUCACUGGGAAAACAGGAGCAAUAACUUUAAUGAUCGAUGGGAUUAUAGCCAUGAACGAAGUCCACCCCGUGAUGCAGAAUACAACAGGAGUGGGUAUCGACGUGAACGAGAUCGUGAAAGAGACAGAGAUCGUUCCUGGUCAAGGGACCGUGAACAUGAAAGAGAACGUACCAGGGAGCACAGACAUAGAGAGCGGGAAGAUCGUCAUCGAUCACGCAGGAAACACAGGGAUGAAGAAGAACCCAGUGAACAUCACCGUUCAAAGCACAAGAAAGCCAAAAAAUCCAAACGUGAAAAGGAAGAAGAUGGUAAUGAAGCAUCUGGUGUUAGUGGGAGCACUGUAGCCCCAGAGGAAGCUUCAUAG